AUGCAAAUAUUCAUUUUGCAAUCACAAAUAUUAUUUAUUCCAUAUAACAGUAGUAAUCAAACUAAAGCCCAAUAUGUAUUUACAGUUAUAUUACCAAACCGACGUGUUCAGUUAGAACAGAUGGAACAACUGUUGACUGAACCAUUAUUUAAUCAGUUACAAAAGACAAAAAAACAAUCACGUCAUGUUGACUUAUAUUUACCAAAAUUUAAAAUGUAA